UGUCGAUAUUCGUGGUAAGCUUAUGCACAUUUACUUUGAUUUUUGCCAGAAAAAAUGUACUAUUGACAAUUUGUUAAAAGCAAUAAAGAAGUUUUUCCAGAACUCCGUUAUGAAAAGCUUCAUAAAUAAACCACGAAUGAUAUUUAAUGUUUUUGUUACGUACAUGCUUUCGUCACCAAAAUUUAAUAAAUUUUAAAAUGUCCGAUAGACUUACGCAGUUACAAGACACUGUUAAUCAGCAAGCAGAGCACUUUUGCAACGCGAUUGGCGUUAUUCAGCAAACAUCUUUUCCUAGUAAAUUUACAAAUUUCGACCGCACUGGAUCUCAAACUCCCAACCCAUCUCAGCCGCAAGAGGACUAUGCCCAGCUAUUUGCCCAGUUAAUUGCUCGAUGUGCCAAAGAUAUUGACACAUUAAUAGAGUCAUUACCAAAUGAAGACAGUUCCAUUGAACUGCAAAAUUCUAGCCUCAAGAAACUUGAGAUUGAAAAUCAAGAAACUGCACAAGAACUUGAAGAAGUGGUACAAAAGGGCGAGCUAUUGCUUGAAAAAAUGCAGUCUGCAUUGGAGAACAUUGCUCAAGCCCAAUUAGAUAUGCAAAUAACUCUUAAAACAAAUUAAAAAUUUCCGCCAAAGUUAAAAAUUCCCUGCUUUUAUUUAAUAAUCUUGCUACAAAAUAAAUAAGAGUACCGAAAUAAUAUAAAAAAGAGGCAUCAUACGAAUAACUCAUUAUUAUUACGUCGCUUUGGUUCAGUGGUCUACUUAAUGAAUACACAUUCUAUAUUUUUUACAUUUGGCACGCAAAAUAAAAUCAAAAAAACUCAGCAAUGGCAUAUUGAAUUGCAGCGUGCCAAAUGUAAAAUUAUAGAAAGUGUAUUUAUUUAGUAGAUCAUAUAUUACAUUUUCGCAGAAGUUAAUAUCAGAACUUUUGAUUGUUGAAGGUGCGGUCGUCACUUCAGGUCAGGUUAAAAACCUCGUUAAGUUGUUUUUCUUUUAUAUUUAAACAAAUCAUUUUAGAUAAGUGUACACAUUUACAUAGUCUUUCGAAAAACCUUUCUAAAGACGUAUAGCACAUACUUAGCUAUUUAUACCGUUUUCUUGCCACUAGAUAGUUUUUUGAAAAGUGGUAGAACUAAUGUUUCUUAUAUUGAGCUGUUUAGAAUUCGUCUAGAAUUUUCAAGACUCUAAAAUAACGUUAAUAAAAAGAUAAAAUUUUCAAUUUGAGAGUACCCCUAAAA